UUAAUAAGACGCAAAUUUCUUGCAGUCAGUAAGCAGCGAACCAACACUUUAUUACUCCAACAACCACUUACCGUCUUUUAAAACGAUUCCUUUGUGCUUGUAAUUUGAAACCAAAUAUAAGGAUGUUCACCAAUUUAGUAUAUACAAUUUUAGGUAAACAGAUUUAGUACUUUAACUGAAUUGAAGGACGAUAAACAGAUGCCAUUAAGGCAGGGAGCCGACUGAUGACAUUUAGAUGUUAAUGUGGAGUCACUGAGAGUUGUAGCUUUGGUAAAGAUGUCAUUCAUGAAAUAUAUAUAACCAUACGUUAUUAUUCUUUAUGACAACCAAGAAGUAUAUGGGCUAUAACCUAGCUAUUAUGUAUAUGUAAGUUCUGUUUUCAGUUUGUACGUCCUCAAACUGAUGAUCAGUUGCAGGUGAUCUCCAGCCCAUGUUUAUAUUGUACUGUCCAUAAUCAAUGUUUAACUUUACAGUUACAUGCUAGUUUUACUUCUCUGUCUGUGAUAAUGUGUUAUGUUACUGUUCUUUGUUGACAGGUUUUUAUAAUUUAAUUGCGUUUAUAACGAAUUCAUAACUUUUUACAAUCACGAUAUGGCUGAAAUAUUGCCGAUGUGACUAUAAAUCUUAACACAAUCACUCACUCACUCAAACUGAUGAACAUACUUUAAGCAAUGACAGUUCUACAAUUUGUGCUUGAAAGGAAAAAGUUCAUCUGUUAAAUAAAUGAAAUAGAUUGAUAAUCUAUGUCGAGUUUAACCCGUGUUAUAGGCGCUCAAAACUCCGUUGUGUAGAGAAGUAGAAGUAAAUGCUUCGAGUUAUCCAAGGUUCAACGCAAUCACAAUAUGCAGGGACCAAGAUAUUACUUUGUUCUCUUGUCGAGGAUCUAUUCACAGUAACCUGUACUACUUACGUUGUAAUUAUCAGUAUACACCAGUCAUGCGUAUCAAAGCAUCGUAUCAACCAACACAAUCGGUUGCAGUAAACAACGCUAUGUACACAUGUUAUAUAUACAGAUUACUAGGGUGUGACGUGUUAGUGGUUGGUCUUCAAACGCAGAUGUUCCAGUAAACUCAACAGGGCCACGGAAAGUGUUUCGUGACAUGUAUCAAGAGCAGAAUCUGGAGAGGUACAAGAACGCCAGAAGCCAACUGGAGACACGACACGUAUAGGUGUUUCAUCACAAGGAACCCUCCACAUAUCCCAUUGGAAAUGACGUCCCCGAGGCAGCUGCAAGGAGGUACCGCGGCUGUGUUCCAACAGGAUGAACUCCCUCACACACCAGUGGAAGUUCCUUCAUUUAGAGACCAGUUCGAUGGCAGGAGUACUGCUGACAACAGACCAGGAAGAGAUCUGUUCGAUGGUAGAAGUACUUCUGACAACAGACCAGAAAGAGAUCUGUUCGAUGGUAGGAGCACUUCUGACAACAGACCAGGAAGAGAUCUGUUCGAUGGUAGAAGUACUUCUGACAACAGACCAGGAGGAGAUCUGUUCGAUGGCAGGAGUACUUCUGACAACAGACCAGGAAGAGAUCUGUUCGAUGGUAGAAGUACUUCUGACAACAGACCAGGAAGAGAUCUGUUCGAUGGUAGGAGUACUUCUGACAACAGACCAGGAAGAGAGCUACAUGAAGGCAGGGAUGUCAAUGACCACCGUCUCAGAGGAGAACAGGAAGUGCAGGAUGGUGAUUCUGACAGAACAGCAAGGCGAUUUCUUGAAGAACGCAGGAAGAUGGCAGAAAGCAAGGCUAGGAGGCAGUUACGUUCGCGGACGUCUCGGGAAUCAACUUCCUUUCUCCUGAAACACAAACGUACAAUUAUUGGUACAAGCUUUGCAGUGGGUGCUGUUGUUGGACUGGCUGCCGUCGUCGGAAUUCUAGCUAGUGGAAACACUGAACCUGUAACAACAACGAUACCACCGACUACAACGUCACUCCCUCCAUUUCUGUCAAUGUCAAACGUGUCCUUCUUUCAAGGAGAAGGUGAUCUGUAUCUCCCGUGCAGGAUAUCUGGAGACCAAAUAAUAUUUGAGGUGUUAUUUUUCAAAGAUGGUGUCCAAGUGAAGGACGGGUUUAGUAUUGAAGUCAGUGGGAGACUGUAUACACUGACGAAGAAAGGAGCCACAUGUUCAGACUCGGGACAGUAUGAGUGUCGGGCGACGGGGGACUUUGGCACCCUCAACAGAACAUCCAUGGUAAACAUAUCUUCGAAGCCAUGUAACCCUACGCUGGAGGAUGCAUGGCAGAUCAUUUUGAAAAACAUUUCAAUUAAUCCAAACAGUACGACUCAGCAAGAAUGCUCGUCCUCCUCCGUGCACUGUGAAGUGCCACAAGCAUGUAAUGGAACUUCAGGCGAUGCUGACCCGUGCUGCUACCUCAUAGAUAAUGCAGGGAAAACACUGCAUCUGAAAGGAUGUGAGAACGUCACCUUUGCAGCAGGUACAUACGAAACGAACGUGUCCCCAUGUGACUGUACAGCUGGCCGUGUAGCUGUCCCCAGACCCACCACCUACCCCGACAACUGUAACCUGUACUACACGUGUAGUGGGGGAGUCAAACAAGACGCCACGUGUACCGGAAGUGACAUCUUCAGUGCCGACCCCAGCACGCAGGCGUGCACCGCCAAUCCGGGUGACAGCUACUGUGCCAAGGUUAACGCCGGUGAAAUCAAGACAUGCUCAUCUCCCGCUGGUUGACACAGAGUGAGACAGUGUGAGGUCCUACUGGCGCCAGAUGUAUGGCUUAUACUGAGUGGCCAGACACCCAUCCAUGUAUACAGACACGCAUACCCAGUCAAGGAAUUUUUACCACAUUGUUAUAUGAAAAGACACAUUUUGUUAUAUCGUGUUGUUAGUUUACAAAAUAAUAUCCCUUUGAUCGAAUAUAAAUUGUUAUGAAAAAUGUU